CACCGACCAUAAUCACUUGAAGCUGACCCCCUCCUUUGACCAUGGCGCCUCGCUUCGCGUUCCGUGCAAGCAAGUUUCGUAAUGUGGAAUGCAAGCGCCUGUCGACCUAUGACCAGCUGCAGGUGUCCCCGGACGGCACCGUGUUGGCCGCCACAUCCUCCAGCUUCGCCUUCGCUCAUCAGAUGGACAAUGGAGGAGCGGUCCAAGUAAAGCCGCUAGCUCAGACUGGAAAGGAGGCUCCUAAUACGCCUCCACUAGUUCGUGCUCACCCUACGGGACGCAUUACGGCGCUGAGCUUCUCGCCGUUCCACGAAGACCUACUGCUGUCCGCGGGGGACGCCAAUGCAGCGGUGAAACUCUGGAAACUACCGGGUAGUGAACCCAUGACGGACGAUCUGGUGACGCCCUUGGCGUCAUUCCAAGAGACUCAAGGGAUCGUAGCGGGGAUCGUGCCACAUCCGUCCGCGGACUCGGUAGUCGCCACGUACUCGAGACCUGGAUCACUGAAAAUCUAUGACUUAGAGGCCGAGAAGUUAAGCUUUGAAGUAGCAGUGGAGGGAAGUGCAGUGAUGAGUUCGGCAGCGUGGAACUGGGACGGUAGUGCCAUGGUGGUGGCUACACAGGAUCAAGCGGUGAGGGUCUUGGACCCGAGGGUGGAACAGCUCUCAGCACCGGUUAUUGAAGCUGCACAUACUGGAAAGAGACACCUGAGUGUGGUCUGGUGUGGACGUACGCAGCACUUUGUGACGUGUGGGAGUGACCGUAUGCAAGAGCGAGAACUAAAGCUGUGGGACCCACGACAAUUGGCCAAGUGCGUGCAUCGAGAGCGUCUGGAUGCCGGUAGCGUGGGCCAGUUGUUCCCAUUAUAUGACGCAGAUUUGGACUUGUUGUAUGUACUGGGCAAGGGAGACCGCAGUUCUCGACUGUUCGAAGUGGACUUGGCGCGUGCGCCUUAUGUGCACGCACUGGACCAUAGCGUACUGGGCAGUAUGACGCUUGCGGCAACGCUAUUGUCGAAAGCGACGUGUGAUACGAACGACUGUGAAAUUGCGCGUGUUUUGAACCUCAGCGCGAGUGGUAGCAGCGUUGCUGGAAGCUGCGAAGUUGUGAGCUAUCGAGUGCCUCGCAAGGAGGCAACACACACGUUCCAGAGCGACUUGUAUCCGGAUACAUUGGCGAAUGCAGCUGCAAUGACAUCGUCGGAGUGGCAACAGGGACGCAACGCUGAGCCCAAGUUGCAGGCAGUGCAGCCUACAGCUAAGGUUGCCGAGGAUAUGAGCGGUAGUGUGUUUGGCAGAACUUCUGCACCGUCCGGUUGGGGUACACCAGCUUCAAGUGCUGGGGCGACGACCAACGGGUGGCAAACUUCUGGUUGGGGGCAGUCACUGUCGUCCACGGCGUCGUCGAAUGCUCCGUCGAAAACUGCGUCCGAUGUCAAGACGGGAUGGGCGUCGAGUACAAGGAAGUGGAACGAACCAGAGCCCACGGCUCAAAGUGCUCCUCCUCCGCCAGCGCAGUGGAACUCUACCGACACAACGGCAUCCACUGCACCCCCGGCGCCUUCGUCGAAAUCCACCGAAACACCUGAAGAGAUUCCAGCACCAGUGCCAGCAGCUACAGUAUCGGAUGUGUCGUCACCAGCAGGACCAACGAGCAUUACCGAUGUGGUGGAGCUUUCGGACAAAGCGCAGCGCUUGGGCGCCAAAUACGGACACAAGCUCAAGUAUUUGCAAGGUAAAGAAGCUCCACGCAACGAUGUCUUCCACUUCGGUGACAAGCGCGUCGUGUUCUCGACUCAAGCCUCUCCUGUGAUUGCUGCCAACGCAACGUUCUGGGCGGCGCCCAUUGCAGGUGCCGGUGGGCCUGUACUGGUGGAGAAGCUUGGUGCGACAGGGAAGGCACAGCACCGGGCUGCACCCGUGAUCAACGGACAGAAAGCCGAAGUGUCGGCACUCGCGUUCAACCCGUUCAACGAUCACGUGCUCGCGACUGGAUCUGCAGAUUCUACUAUCCAACUUUGGUCUCUCAAGUCAGACACAUCUAACGGUGCAGGUGAACUCACGCAGACGUUGUCAGGGCACACCAAGGGUCUUCGAUCUCUUCAGUUCAACCCGACAGCGGCCGAUGUGCUCUGCUCUUCAAGUCACGAUCUCUCGCUGCGUUUCUGGGACAUUGAAGCAGGCCAGGAGAAGUUGCGUCUGGACGGGAAGCUGGACGAUAUCACGUGGAACAUGGCAUUCAGUCCCGACGGUGCUCUGUUAGCCACUGCUAGCCGCGCCAAGAUCGUGCGAGUGUUUGAUCCUCGUCAGUCUGAGCAAGCGUUGGUUGCGAUGGGCUGCGGAUACGAAAGCAACAAGCCGCAGUUUGUCACGUGGGCAGACUCCUCACGGCUACUAACAGUAGGUGUGAACACACGCAACGAGACGCAGGUGAGCUUUUGGGACUCGCGUAACUUGCUGGAGCCUCUGGAUGUUCCCGUGAUGGUCGAGCCGGCAGCUAGUGCGGCGAGCACCACGACUCCGAUCCCGCUGUACGAUGCCAGUUCGCAUCUGCUCUUCCUCAUCGGCACGGGCAGUCGACACAUCUGGAGUUACGAAGUUGAUCCAGUGGCUGCUACGGUGCAAGCAAACCUGCCGUUCAUGAUAGCCGGUACCGACACUAUCGGUGGUGUUGCUCUUCUUCCGAAAACCACCUGCAAUAUCCGCGACGUUGAACUGGCGAGGUUGCUUGUAGCAACGCCGAAUGUUGUGCAGCGCGUGUCGUUCUCGCUUCCACGAGCUGAGAAAUUGAAAGAAUUCUUCCAAGACGACGUCUUUGGCUUGGUACCCAAGCAGGAGCCGUCAGUGACUGCAGCACAGUGGUUCAUGGGCGAGACUGGCGCUCCGGUUUACGAGUCCCUUCGACCGGAUGGUACGAUUGAUGCACAGUGGCAACAUGAUCCAUUGCUGACCCAUUUUCUUGCUUGUAACCUUCAGGUAUGGUGGCACUGUCCGAGAAGCCCAAAGACUCGGCACCUGUGCGACCCAAGACGUUGGAUUUCCAGGCGCGCAAGAGGGAAGAAGAGGAGAAAGAGCGACAGAAGGCUGCUCAGUUCGCUCGGCUCAGUACUCUUGCGGCUCAGCCGUCUCUGCAUUCCACGCACCAUACUGGAGCCAAUCCACGCGCACCUCAAACUGUAGAGGUCGAUAGCGACGAUGAUUGGGACGACUAAAGUGUUGGACGACGGGCCCGUACACAGACUAGAGAACUCGCUCUCAUCACCACAGACUCGGCAAUUUUUGAUUAUACUUUACAACUCCAGCCGCAACAAACGAGCACGUGUUGUAUCACCUCCGUCUCUCCCCAAUAGAUAACUUGGCGUGGUUAUCCGCUUGCACACAACCACGCCGAUACUACGUAAUCCUAAAAGACUGUCGCUGACUACCGCACAAAACUCUCAUGAAGUCUUCGACAUACUCGCGUAAAAUACUUCGGCCCCUGUCUGGAUACUAGCUCAACCUCCUUCGCUAC